CUUUUUUUUUUUUUAAUUCUUUGAAUUUGUCGAUUUUAUUUGCAUAUUGCAAAGUUUUCGAACCUCAAGGCGAACUCUCCGCGGGAUUCGGUUAUAAGGAACAUCGGGAUUUCUCUUCUUCACCGAGCGAAUACUUGAAGGGGGUUUCUCUGAUUCUUCGGGUUUUGGCUUUCUUUCAAGUCAAAGCAAAGUGUUGGCUCUUUUUCCAUAUUUUUUGACGACCUAAGUUCUUGUUGCCCUUGGAAUUUGAACAGCUAUUAUGUUCUUCUCUGCCUUCAUUAUUUAGCGAAGACAGGGUUUGAGCUAAAAGUGACAUGGAUAUCUCAGCACUUUUAACGUCUGCUGGGAUAAACAUAGCGAUAUGCGUAGUGCUUGUAUCGCUUUAUUCCAUACUAAGAAAACAGCCAGCCAACUAUUGUGUUUACUUUGGCCGAAUGCUUUCUGGUGGAAGAGUUAAGCGUCAUGAUCCUCUUUGGUAUGAGAGGUUUGCACCUUCUCCAAGUUGGCUCGUAAAAGCUUGGGAAACUACUGAGGACGAGAUGUUGGCUUCUGCUGGUCUUGAUGCUGUGGUUUUCAUCAGGAUGGUCAUUUGCAGCAUUCGUAUUUUCUCAAUCGUUGCUGUCGUUGGCAUUGCCUUUGUUCUGCCCGUUAACUAUUAUGGACAAAAGAUGGCGCACAAGGAUGUCCAUCUGGAGUCAUUGGGAAUUUUCACAAUUGAGAACCUUCAUCAACGCUCAAGAUGGCUGUGGGUUCAUUGUCUCUCAUUGUACAUCAUAUCCUCUGCGGCAUGUGCUCUUCUUUACUUUGAGUAUAAGUCCAUAGCCAAAAAGAGGCUUGCAUUUAUUACUGGAUCUGCCUCAAAGCCAAGUCAUUUUACCGUACUUAUGCGUGCUGUUCCUCAGUCUCCUGACCAAUCGUACAGUGAAACAGUGACCAAAUACUUCACAAAUUACUAUGGACCAAGCUAUUUGUCGCACCUAAUGGUCUACCGUGAUGGCAUCAUUCAAAGAUUGCUGCAUGAUGCGGAGAGGAUGUGUCAGGCUAUAAAACAUGUUUCUCCUGAUGUAAGAUGUAAUCCGAGUUUGAAGUCAUGCAACUUUUGUGGAGGACCUGCACCCACAAAUUCUUUUCAAAUCAUCUCCACCGAGGCAGACAGUGUAAAAAAACUGGAGCUUGGUGAGUUGACUUUGACUACGACGGAGGAAGAACGUCCCGUUGCUUUUGUGUUUUUCAAGACUCGUUAUGAUGCUCUUGUUGUUUCGGAGGUUCUUCAAACAUCAAAUCCUAUGUUAUGGGUGGCAGAUUUAGCUCCAGAGCCUCAUGAUGUUUACUGGAAGAAUCUCAAAGUACCUUAUCGCCAACUUUGGAUGCGAAAAAUAGCAACCCUUGUUGGUGCUGUUGCCUUCAUGUUUGUGUUUCUUCUUCCUGUUACCGGCAUUCAGGGGCUGACUCAAUUAAAAACGCUAUCUAAGAACUUUCCUUUUCUACGAGACCUCUUGAAUAAAAGGAGCUUUCUGAACCAGGUCAUCACAGGGUACUUACCAAGUGUGAUAUUAGUUCUAUUCUUUUAUGCCGUUCCACCAUUGAUGAUGUACUUUUCAACCUUGGAGGGAUGUAUUUCUCGGAGUAUUAGAAAGAAAAGUGCAUGUAUCAAAAUUUUAUACUUCACCAUCUGGAAUGUGUUCUUCGUCAAUAUCCUUUCCGGCUCUGUUAUCAGGCAGUUAAGCGUCUUCUCUAGUGUGAAGGAGUUACCUGCACAACUUGCCACAGCAGUUCCAACACAGGCUGGCUUCUUCAUGACCUACUGUUUCACGUCUGGUUGGGCUGGUUUGGCAUGUGAAAUCAUGCAACCUGUGGGUCUUAUAUGGAAUCUGAUUGCAAGAUUUAUUGUUAAGAACAAGGAGGACUCAUAUGAAACACUUAGGUUUCCUUACCAUAGGGAAAUUCCACGACUACUUUUGUUCGGGCUCCUCGGUUUCACCAAUUCAGUCAUAGCGCCUCUAAUACUGCCGUUCCUGCUGAUCUACUUUUUUCUCGCAUAUCUUAUAUACAAAAAUCAGAUAAUCAACGUCUAUAUUACAAAAUAUGAAAGUGGUGGACAAUAUUGGCCUGUUUUUCACAAUACGACAAUCUUUUCACUGAUCUUGUCGCAAGUUAUAGCUCUGGGAUUUUUCGGUUUAAAGCUGUCAACGGUUGCUUCAGGUUUCACCAUUCCAUUAAUUCUUCUCACUCUUCUAUUUAGUGAGUAUUGCCGGCAGAGGUUUGCUCCCAUAUUUCAGAAAUAUCCAGCCGAGGUUCUUAUCGCUAUGGACAGAGAAGAUGAGAUCACAGGAAAGAUGGAAGAGUUACAUAGCAACUUGAAAGCUGCAUACUCUCAGAUACCAUCGUGUUCUCAGGAGUCGAGCAAAGAUGGAUGCAGCCCCCCUUGCUCAGAUCAGGAGUUACCAGUUUCUGAACAACUGAAACCAGAGAAAGAGAAUCUCAAAGCAGAAGCAAUAUGGUCGUUUCGGAGAAGUAAAUCUAGUCAAGAACUUCAGGUGAAAUCCUGUCCCAGUGCUUCACCAAAUCGUUAUUCCCCGGGAUUUGCUGAAAUAUACAAACGAACAUAGAUACUUGAAGAAGCCAUUUCAUUCCAGCUCCAAAAGAGCAUGUGGUGAAAUAGGAUUUGUGAGACUCCGGAAGAAAGAGUGUUUGUAAUUAGAGUUACAAU